CUAUGUCUCUGUGUGUGGCGGAGGUGGGGGCACGGGCACGGAGCUGAAACUCACCUGGAGAAGCUGUACGAGACAGGCGGGCAGGUGGCAGGCGCACAGACAUUCCUAAAGAUGCAAACUACAGUUGGGCCGACUGUGACAAACUUCACAACAUCCCUGAACACCACCACCAAGUCCAAAGAGCAAGUUCUCAUACAGAGUUCAGGAGCCAUGAUUGCUGUCAUAGUUAUCGGGAUCAUCAUUAUUCUCGCUAUACUGCUGAUAAUCCUGAAGACAUACAACAGGAGGACCCACAUGUCCCGUGUGCUGGGAGGGGGGUCCAAGCCUCGGAAGAAGUCCUCCUCCACGGUGCAGACCAACACGGCCAUGGGGAACGUGGGUGCCAGCUCCGUCUCUGGUAGCUUCGCAUACUCACGCGGUGGAGCAGAAAACGGCUUCCAGCUGCCCCGGGUUGAAAUGAGCAGCCUGGAGCAGAACAACCUGGAGCAGUACAGCACGACCAGCGGCUCAACCGUGGUCACUAUACACGGAGCCCCGUCUCUGGAGAACACAUAGCAAGUCUCCCAGCGCCGAGAUGCCGCUUAGUAGAGACUUCAAAAGUAGCCAGUGCACGCCUGAACAAUCGCCGAAGGAUGCUCAAUGCCAAAUCGGGCAUGGCUUGCAUGUGGAGCGCAUUUCUGUGAAUUAUCUGUGCAAACGGAUGUGUGCUACUACACAGGAAAAUUAACGUUCUCCAUUUGAUGAAGGACAUGUUGCCGGUUGGGAGAUAUGCUCCCGCUGUCAAUAUCCCUGCCAUGGUACUGAUGCCAACAGUUAGCGUGGCGCCAAGCACCCCAUGGCACGUGUGACUGAAGGGAGGGUAUAAGUGAAUCUUAGACUGAAGGACUGAGAGGAGAUUUUUUUCCCCUCUUUCUGUUUAGUGUGUGAAUCCAUUUGUGAAUAGGAAUUGUUGAAGGCAACACAGCAUGUUGGCUCAGAUUCAGAGGUGGACUAUUCUGAAAUGAAAGGGAA